AUGAAACAUGGAAUUGCAAUGGAACCAGCAGCAAAAAGAGAAUAUAUAACAACUCAGAAAAAAACACACAGGAAGUUCAAGGCCAUUAACACUGGGCUUGCUGUGAAUAAGGACAAAAGUUUUCUGGCAGCUAGUUCCGACAUGGAAACCUUCUGCAUGUGCUGUGGAUCUGGCCUUUGUGAAAUUAAGUGUCCAGAGAUUAUCAAAGAUCAAACGCCAACACCAACAAAUGUUCCCUUUAUAUUUGAACAAGAUGAUACUCUAAGUGUAGACCCAAAUCACAGCUACUAUUAUCAAAUCCAGGGACAAAUGGCCAUAUGCCAGAAAGCAUUCUGUGACUUUUUCGUGUUCACUUUCCAUGGGCAUCUUCUUCUUCGUGUGUUUUUUGAUGCUGAAUUUUGGGAGAAUGUGAAAGACAAACUGUGCUGGUUUUGGUUGGAACACAUUCUGCCAAGCCUUUAUGAAAUGGAUGAUAAUAAUAAUGUUUCAACUAAGCCAGUGAGGCGCAUGCUAAUGCCAGUGGCAAAUGUAGACAUUGAAAAAACAAGCCUGCAUAGUGAGAAAGUGAAGAAAAAAGGGAAGUCAACUAUGCCAAGGAAAAUAGUGUUUCACUGUGGUGUUUGCAGGAAAGAGUGUCUGGACUUCCCAGGACGUUCACAAGAUCAGUCCGUCUGUUGUGAUGAGUGUGAAACCUGGGUGCACUAUGACUGUGCUGGUGUCACAGAGGACACAGUGGAAUCCAUUGAUGUAUGGAUUUGUGAUAAAUGCCUUAAAUAGUAAUGUUGUCUCGAAUAUAAAUUUUACUAAACAGGUGAAGUUAACAUUCGAACAUUCUCCCCACCGUUGAUGGAUAAAGACAAAACAAGUCUUAAAAAUGUGUGUCCAUUUACAUCUGACAAAGACAAAACAAGUCUCUAAAAUGUGUGUACAUUUACAUCUGAUAAAGACAAAGCAAGUCUUAAAAAUGUGUGUUCAUUUACACCUGAUAAAGACAAAACAAGUCUUAAAAAUGUGUGUUCAUUUAAAGUGCUCUGCCUCCAAACACAAGUGACACUCGGAUUUUUAAACUUUAAAUGGGAGAAGCAGAUAUAAGCCGAACCUAGCUACAAUGAGUC